UCAGCGGUCAUCUGGUAUGAAGUCUUUGCCUACUUCUGCAAUGACAGCAGCAAAGUGGAAAACCACAGUCUCAGACUCACCCAAAAAAAUGGGCUCCCGGGCGCUUCUGGUUCAGCUGGAAUAUUGGAAGUAAUGGAAGGGAAAAACUCCAUUUUCAGAAACAGCUCCAGUCUGUCUCCCCAAACGCUGAAGUGCAUUAGCAGUAAUUCAGCCUGACACUUUACCAAGGGUUGAACUUCAAGUUAACGCAGUUAGAGAGUUUGCUUGCAAUCAGUUAAGCACUUAAUGAUAAAUAGGGGUUAGAAAACGAUAAAAAAGCAAGAAGUUGGUCUUGUUUAAAGGGCAGGGCUGGUGGAGCCUAUAAAACGCGCACUCUUGGACAGGACCGCAAGGAGGGAGGGGCAGCUGGACUCAACUCAUCUCAUCUCGGACAGUCAGUCAGUCUGUUAGUCUGUCGAGAGAAGCCACGGAGCAGCAGUUCCUUCAGCGUUCAGCAAAAAAAGUGAGAAGAAUGGGAGCAAAGUUGAGUCGGAGAAAGAGUGAAUGUGCUCCAGCAGCAGAGGGAGUGGUAGCGGAGAGCACAGCCACAGAGCAGCCUGAAACAGCAGAGGCUCUAGCCACGACUGAGACCAAUGAGCAGAAGCCUGAUGAAGCUGAGAAUGCAGCUGAGCCCAAGGCCUCAGAAAAGGCUCCUGCUGUGGAUACAGCAUCCAGUGAGCAAUCCUCUAAUCUUGGAGCUGUGGAGACCAUCACACAAGCUGUAGAGGAAAUAGUGAGCUCUGUUAGCGAACAAAUUGCUGUCCCGGUUGACGAUAUGGUAAACAAGGGCAUGGGAGCAGUAGAAGCCAUGAUGGCAGCAGUCAGUGUGAAGGAUGACCCCACAGAGCCAGCUACAGAACCCAAAGCUGAGCCCCUGGUAGAUCUUUCAGAGGAGGCCACACCCAAAAUUGAUCUCUCCAUCCCUGAACCUCCGGAAGAACCUGCACACUUGCCAUCCGAACCUUCAACCUUGGAUGAGCUGCUAUUGUCGCAGCCUAAUGCAGAGAGCCUCCUUCCAGAUCAUGUUUCUGCAGCAGUGGCUAAAGACGUUUCACUUGUGGCAGUGGAGGAUGAAGGCAUCCCCAUUCAAAAUGAAGCUCAGGCACCAUCUGAAAGUGAGGAACCACUGGUGUGCAUGAAACAGGAUGCAGCACCAGCAGAAGACCUUCUGAACUGUGAAGCAAGCGCUGACCCCGCAACUCUGAACUCUGAUUCACUGGUUGACUUGGGAGACAUGGAGCAGGCGCUGAGCAAGGCUGUCAACACUGUCAAUGACCUUAUAUAAAACACAUGGACAUGCUUUGAGUAAAUGACUGUUACAGGGACAAGCACUUCAUACCUAGACAACAAUCUAGAUAGUGAGGAAGUGUGCCUGAAUAAUAAAGUGAGGUUUUUUGUUUUGGGUUUAAGAGAAUAUAUUCUCUAAACCACUGAUAAUGUAACAGAAAUGAAAUGUAUUAACUACAUACGCUAGCUCCAGCAUCAACCACCUCAGAAGCAUAAUGAAUAGUUAGUCAUAUAAACAAGAGACAAACCCAUAUUUUAAAAUGUUAGCUGAAAGGUUGUGGUAACAUGUCUUUCUAUUCUGAGUAUGUAACAAUCAAGUGGCCUUAAAUGUGACCUGUCACAAGACAGAAAAGAAUAUCAUGCUAAAGCAAUGAGAGCAAAUGGAGAAAAUAAAGUAAGAUGAAUCACAAAACCUUCACUAGUAAUCUCUUUUAUAACCUACAAUGCCUUUAUGAUAUUUUAGCCUGAAACUAGUUUGAAACAGUUGUCAUACUUCAUUAAACUGAUCAGAAUGAA